UGCGGGCGCCGCUGGUUGGCAGCGGGCGGACACGUGAGCGGGGAGGCGGUGGCGGCAGCGGGAGUUUCCCCGACAGCUGGAGGUCGCGGCGGCGGCUCCUCCUCCCCGGGUCCCCGCUAGAGCCCGGAGACCCCCCGCGCUCCUUCUUAUUGACAAGCGCACAAAGGGCCGCGCCGGGGCCGGGUCGGGGACGCGUCUGGAGCCGGCAUGGGAGACAAGAAGAGCCCGACCAGGCCGAAGCGGCAGCCGAAACCCUCCUCGGACGAGGGGUAUUGGGACUGCAGCGUCUGCACCUUCCGCAACAGCGCCGAGGCCUUCAAGUGCUUGAUGUGCGACGUGAGGAAAGGCACUUCCACACGGAAACCUCGACCUGUCUCUCAGCUGGUUGCACAGCAGGUUCCUCAGCAAUUCGUGCCCCCUACACAAUCAAAGAAAGAGAAAAAAGACAAAGUAGAAAAGGAAAAAAGUGAAAAGGAAGCAAGCAAAAAGAACAGUCAUAAGAAAACCAGGCCAAGGUUGAAAAAUGUGGAUCGAAGUAGCGCUCAGCAUUUGGAAGUUACCGUUGGAGAUCUGACAGUCAUAAUUACAGACUUUAAGGAGAAAACUAAGUCACCACCUGCUUCCAGUGCUGCUUCUGCAGAUCAACACAGUCAGAGUGGUUCUAGCUCUGACAACACAGAGAGGGGAAUGUCCAGGUCAUCUUCACCCCGAGGAGAAGCAUCAUCACUGAAUGGGGAAUCUCAUUAAAGUUUAUUUCCUCCAGUUUUAGUCUCUUCUCUUCAAAACAUAACUUCUGUCACCUGUUACCACAUUUUCAUGACAGAUUAUUCAUACAUAAUUGGUAUAUUGACUGGAACAUAAUUUAUGCAGCUAAAAAAAAAAGAAAGAAGUGCAGUGGUAGAAACAAU